CAUUUUAUUCAUCCUGUAACAUAGCUGACUUAUUUGUGUGUGUCUUUACUGAUCCUGUACAGUACUUUCCCCUUAAUUUCAAUAGUAAAUCAUUAACUGGUACCUGAAAGUUACUACAGUCUCUGUGACAGGUGGAGAGCCUGCAGCAUAAGACCAACAGACGUCCUAAUAAUGUGCAGUCUGCUGACACUGGAUGCCUGGAAACACUAGAGAUGAAGGAGCUAUGGGUUAUGGUUGUCUUUGCAGUCUCUUUAUCACAGGGGGAUCUCACCAUAUCAUCUGCCAUUCCAACCACCAUUGACAUAACUACCCCAACUACUGAUGUCCUUUUAAACCCUGACCCUCCAGCUUGUCCCCCACGAACUACUUACACUCCAACUACUGCUGCCCCUUUAACACCUGACCCUCCAACUACUGACUCUCCAGCUACCGACACUCCAGCAGCCGACAAUCCAGCAACCGACAGUCCAGCAACCGGCACUCCAAUUACAUACCCUCCAACGACCGAGAAUCCAACGACUGACACUCCAGCAACCGACACUCCACCAACCGACCCUAAAACUACUGAUCCUCCAACUACCGACUUUUCAACUACCGAAUGUCCAACUACCGAAUGUCCAACUACUGAUAUUCCAACUACCGACUUUCCAACUACCGACACUCCAACUAUCGAUACUCCAACUACCGACUCUCCAACAACCGACAUGCCAACUACCGACACUCAAGCUACAGUCACUAAAACUACCGACUGUCCAACUACUAACUGUCCAACAACCUACACAUCAACAUCUGACACGACAGCUACUGAAACACCAGCAACCGACACUAAAACUACUGAUCCUCCAACUACCAACCCUCCAACUACUGACCUUCUCGCUACCGACCCUCCAGCUUCCGAAAUAUCAUUAAACUACACUCCAAAUACCAACUCACCAACUACCCACUAUCCAACUACCGACUUUCCAACAACGGACACUCCAGAAACUGACACUCCAGCAACCGACCUACAAGCAAACGACCUUCCAGCAACAGACUUUCCAACUUCCGAUACUACAGCUACCAACACUCCAGCAGCCGACACUCCAGCUACCAACACUCCAGCAGCUGACACUCCAGCAACCGACACUCCAGCAACCGACACUCCAGCAGCCGACACUCCAGCAACCGACACUCCAGCAACCGACACUCCAGCUACCAACACUCCAGCUACCGACACUCCAGCAGCUGACACUCCAGCAACCGACACUCCAGCUACCAACACUCCAGCAGCCGACACUCCAGCAACCGACACUCCAGCAACCGACACUCCAACUACCGAAACGCCAACUAUCGACACUCCAACUACUGAAUGUCCACCUACUGACACUCCAAUUACCGACUCUCCAACUACCGACACUCCAGCUACAGUCACUAAAACUACCAACUGUCCAACUACCGAUAGUCCAACUACCAACUUUCCAACAACUGACACUCCAGCAACCGACACACAAGCAACCGACACUCCAACUACCGAAACGCCAACUGCCAACACUCCAACUACCGAAUGUCCAACUACUGACACUCCAAUUACCGACUUUCCAACUACCAACACUCCAACUAUCGAUACUCCAACUACCGACCCUCCAACUACCGACUCUCCAACAACCGACACUCCAACAACCGGCACGCUAUCAACCAGCACGCCAACAAACGACACGUCAACAUCUGACACUACAGCUACCAACACUCCAGCAACCAACACUCCAGCAACCAACAUUCCAGCAACCAACACUCCAGCAACAGACACUCCAGCAACAGACACUCCAGCAACAGACACUCCAGCAUCAGACACUCCAGCAACCAACACUCCAGCAACAGACACUCCAGCAACAGACACUCCAGCAACAGACACUCCAGCAACCAACACUCCAGCAACCAACACUCCAGCAACAGACACUCCAGCAACCAACACUCCAGCAACAGACACUCCAGCAACAGACACUCCAACUACUGACACUCCAACUACAGUCACUAAAACUAUCAACUCUCCAACUACCGACUUUCCAACUACCAACACUCCAACUAUUGAUACUCCAACUACCGUCCCUCCAACUACCGACUCUCCAACAACCAACACUCCAACAACCGGCACGCUAUCAACCAGCACGCCAACAAGCGACACGUCAACAUCUGACACUACAGCUACCAACACUCCAGCAACCAACACUCCAGCAACCGACACUCCAGCAACCGACACUCCAGCAACAGACACUCCAGCAACAGACACUCCAGCAACAGACACUCCAGCAACAGACACUCCAGCAACAGACACUGCAAGAACCAACACUCCAGCAACAGACACUCCAACUACUGACACUCCAACUACAGUCACUAAAACUAUCAACUCUCCAACUACCGACUGUCCAACUACCGACUGUCCAACUACUGACUGUCCAACUACCGACCCUCCAACUACCGACUGUCCAACUACCUACACUCCAACUACCAGCACUCCAAAUACCGACACUCCAACUACCGACACUCCAAUUACCGACACUCCAACAACAGGCACGCUAUCAACCGGUACGCCAACAACCGACACGUCAACAUCUGACACUACAGCUACCAACACUCCAGCAACCAACACUCCAGCAACCAACACUCCAGCAACGGACAUUCCAACUACCGACGCUCCAACUACUGACACUCCAACUACUGGCUGUCCAACUACUGACUGUCCAACUGUCGACUUCACAACUACCGACACUCCAAAUACCGGCACGAUAUCAACCGGCACACCGACAUCUGACACGCCAACAACCGACAUGCCAACAACCGAGACGCCAACAACUGACAUUCCAACUACCAACAUUUCAACUACUGAACAUACUUCACUUCCGUACACAAUAGUGUGUGGACCAAUUACCACCACCCCCACCACCACCACCCCCACCACAACCUCUACCACCACCCCCACCAUCACCUCUCCCACCAGACCCUCUCCCACCACCAUCUCUCCCACCACCCCCACCACCAGCUCUCCCAUCACCACCUCUACCACACACUCUCCCACCACCUCUACCACCACCCCCACCAUUCCCUUUCCCACCACCACCUCUCCCACCACCACCUCUCCCACAAUUCCCACCACCAACUCUCCCACCACCUCUACCACCACCCCCAACAUCAUCUCUCCCACCACCACCUCUACCACCACCCCCAACAUCAUCUCUCCCACCACCACCUCUCCCACAAUCCCAACCACCACCUCUCCCACCACAACAUUUCCCACAAUCCCCACCACCACCUCUCCUACAGUCCCCAGCACCACCAUCUCCUCUCCCACCACCAUCUCUCCCACCACCUCUCCCACCACCACCUCGACCACCACUCCUCCUCUGGUCUGUAUCAACGGUGGUAAACUACAGAGUCAAGUUUGUAUCUGUCCUGAUGAGUGGACUGGAGAGACCUGUUCAGAUGGGAAUUUCUGCAAUUCCACCAGCAAGGAUGGAUUCUCCUUCCCAAGAACAACGGUUGGCUGGUCUGCUUAUUCAGAAGUGUUGCGUGAUAAGAAGACAACCAAAGCCUCAGCAAGAUGUUUGAAUGACACCGGCUCUCCAAUGUUUGGUCCUCUUCACAUUCUGCAGUAUGAAUUAACCCUCAAUGACAUUCAAGGAAAUAUCUCCAGCAGUUCAGGUGAUUUACUACAGUUAGCCUUCAGUACUCAGAUCCUGACCUACCAAAAACAUCAGCUGUCAGCUGACAACAUCACCACAGCAGCUCAGAUAGCUAACACGCUGCUUAAGUCUGCAAAAAUCACAGAGGACAUCGCAGUGGCAGCUAUAACUACCAUCAGUCAGCUGCUGAAUGCCAAUAAGGAGAGUACACAGGAGAGAGAUGCUGUCCAGAGCCUCACAGAGACCCUGGAGAACUUUUCCCUGGACCAGCACAAUAAUGUGUCCUUGGUGGUUCAGCCCAACCUGGCAGUCCAGUCUGUCCAAGUACCAAGUGACACAGUAGGGAUCCAGUUUACUGCUCUAACUGGAAGUUCUGGCAAUUUUGUGGCCAACAGAAUUCAUCUCAACAUCAAUACCUCUGAACUGAUAGCUGACAAAGGAGGUUCUACCGAUGUCCAGAUUGUUAUCAAAUUCCCACCAGUUUUACGUAGUAAAAACACAAACCACUCCAUUGGUUUUGUGCUCUACCAAAAUGACCGGUUCUUCAGGUCCAGGGCUUUCAGAGCUUCUUCAGGGACCAGCAGAAGGGUCAUCUCUGCUAACCUGGGACAAGUGUCUGGGUUACAUGUUGAGAUGCUCUUCAAGCCCACAACUGUUCCCAACACCUCCCUCCAUGACUUUGCCUGUGUGUGGUGGAACUACACGUUGAAAGACUGGAGCACCUUUGGCUGCUCCAAAGUCAACCACUCAGAAGACGGCCUGCGAUGUUUCUGUAAUCACACCACUAACUUUGCUGUGCUGAUGUCGUACAGGAAGGAUUUUAAAUACGCUGAAGCGCUAAACUGGAUCACCAUAUUGGGAUGCUCCAUGUCCAUCAUAGGGUUGAGUUUAACAAUGACAUUUCAGAUCGCAACCAGGAAAUCACGCAAAACCAACCCAACAGUCCUCUUAGUGAGUGUCUGCAUGUGUCUUCUGAUCUUCACCCUGCUCUUCAUGUUGGGAGUGGACAACCCUCAUAAACAGCUGGACAAACCUGAAAUACAGGAGGACAACAUUCUCCCCGUCCGACACACACACAGAGUGGGACAGGGGGCCUUGUACUGCAGUGGCGGUCCUGCUGCAGUACUUCCUGUUGGGGACGUUCACCUGGAACACGCUGUUCGCCACACAUGUCUUCCUGAUGAUCAGAAACAGCCUGGCCACCAGCCCGUCACACUUCACAGCCUAUACCGUGGCCAUCGGAUGGGGACUGCCUGCGGUUGUGGUGGCCCUCACCUUAGGAAUUAGUUACAGAGUGGAUGAUCCACUGGGUUACAGGCAGGAGGAAUUUUGCUGGCUUGCUGCCCUCGAUCCAAGGGGAACUUUGAUUUCAAGCUGCCAAUGUUUUGGGGGUUCCUGAUACCUGUGGCAUUCAUGCUUAUCUUCAACACAGUGGUGUUGAUAUGUUUUGCAGUUACAACAGGCAAGACCAACCCACAUUUAACCAGUACAAGACACACAUCGAUGAAGAAGAAGUUCCUCAGUAGCUUCUCUCUGGCUGUGGUGCUCGGUCUCUCCUGGAUCCUGGGCUAUCUGUUGCUCAUUACACAGAACCAGACCAUGUACACCAUACUCAACAUCUCCUUCUGUGUUCUCACCACCACUCAGGGUUUGCAGAUUUUCAUUUUGUUCACAGCGAGAACAGCAAUAUUCAAGAAAAAGUUGUCAAGUGCUUUGAAAUCUGUCUCUAGUGUUAGGAUCCUCUUCACACUAGGAAGUUCAGUCUAUGGCGAGGCGAGCACAGUGAUAAAGUAGAAUCAUACACACAUCUGGACACUGAUCUGUCAUCUCCACCUUGGUCCUCACAGACAUCUAGCUGAUGGGCUGUAAGUUCAACCUCUGUUGUAAAAUAUCUCAUAUACCUCCACUAUUUCCCUAUAAUAUACAGUAUCAUACACACAACAUUUUGUAUCAACGUAUAUUCACUGCAAAUUCCCUCAGAAGUUGUGUCCAAUGAUUUUUAUAUAUCCUGAACAUUUGUUCUUUAUAAAAUGUUACUGUUUUAAAUAAAUCUUUAAUCAUUCUC